AUGUCAAAGAGUUCCCAGACUGCCCUCGUGGAGGCUGUGGACAACACCAGCACCAUUGAGGUUGAACACCAUGAGAAGAAACCGUGGUAUAAGCGGUUUUCAGACUUCAUCGAGGUCGAUAACCCCGGUGACCUAACCAAUAUGCAACGGUUUUUGUUUAACCAUGACUUACGUCCUGUCGAGGCUGCCAGAAGGCAGUGGUCUUGGUAUAACUAUAUAUUUUUCUGGAUAGCAGACUCCUUCAACAUUAACACAUGGAUGAUUGCUUCCACUGGUGUGCAGCAAGGUAUGACUUGGUGGCAGACGUGGCUUUCUGUCUGGGUGGGCUACUUUUUGUGUGGUGUGUUCGUUUCCAUCUCGGCAAGAAUAGGUGUGGUCAACCAUAUUUCCUUCCCCAUUGGCGUGAGAGCCUCUUUUGGCAUUUUCUUUGCCGCAUGGCCAGUUAUUAACCGUGUCGUCAUGUCUUGUGUCUGGUACUCAGUUCAGAGCAUGGUGGCUGCUCCAUGUAUGGGUUUGAUGUUGAGAUCUAUCUUUGGCCAAAAUCUUGACGAAACUAUGCCCAAUGGCAUUGACAACCCAAACUUGACCACAUUCAAACACUUGUUCACCUUCAAGGCCUACGUUGUUCCAGUUGCUGGCAUAACUUUUUUGGUCUGGACAUUGGUUAAGGCACAUGGGGCUGGUCCCGUCAUACAUAAGUCUUCCAAACUUGGUAGCCAUGACUUAGCUUGGGCUUUUGUUGAAUCUACUAUGAAUGCAUUGGCAAACUUUGCGACCUUAAUCACUAACGCCCCUGACUUUUCCCGUUUUGCUGACAAGCCCUCUUUCUCCAUGAAAUAUGUUGUCCAAACUGUGUCAAUUCCCUUGUGUUUUUCCAUCACUUCCUUGAUCGGCAUUCUUGUGAGUUCGGCGUCUGAGGUGUUAUACGGUGAACCAACUUGGAACCCUUUGGAUGUCUUGAGUCAUUUCUUGGACAACUAUACGGCCGGAAAUAGAGCUGGUGUAUUUUUACUUGGCUUCUGUUUUGCUAUUGCUCAGCUAGGUACAAACAUUUCUGCCAACUCCCUUUCAUUUGGUACGGAUGUAACAUCGCUUCUACCAAAAUACUUAACAAUCAGGAGAGGGUCUUACCUUUGUGCUAUCUUGGCCUUAAUUGUGCAGCCAUGGAACUUAACUUCAAGCUCUUCCAGCUUCACAACAUACUUGUCGGCUUACUCUGUGUUCCUUUCAUCCAUCGUUGGUGUCAUUUGUUGCGACUACUACUAUGUGAGAAGAGGAUAUUUGAAGUUGACACAUUUGUACUCCUUGUUUGCCCCUGAAGACAAUACCAGACCUUCUUGCUACAAGUACAAUAAGAUUGGUUCUAACCCAAGGGCUUUGGUUGCAUACAUUUGUGGAAUUUUGCCUAAUAUUGUGGGCUUUGUUGGACAAGUCAAGGGUGAGAAUGCUGUUCCAAUUGGGGCCAUCUACGUCUACAGACUUAACUUCUUCACAGGAUUCUUUUCUGCUGCGAUUGUUUAUGCAGUUUUAUGUUACUUUUGGCCAGUUGAAGGUGCUGCCGAUGUUAGGCCUUUCGAGAAGGCGUGGUUCGAAGAAUUCCAGGACGUUGAGAACUUCGAAGAGGAGUUGCAAGGUCACGUUGUGCAAGGUAUUGAUGAGACCUUCUCCUCGUUUGCUACAGGGGUACUGGGAGGAGAAGUUAAAAAAGAAGCUGAGUACGUCAUUUUUGAUCCAAUCCAACUCUCUGCCUAUGAGCAGCGAAGGGCCGAUGGAACCCUUCGAGGUGGGUCCUUGUUGAUUUUGAAAGGAAUGAGGUACAUAUACAAGGACAUGCCUUUACCCAUGACCCGUGCUUUGUAUAACGUGGAUAGCAAUUUAGUCACUCGUGCCACUGAGGGUGUUGGCCAUUUAUCUUUGAAAGCUAAGUUCAAACAACCAGGCUGGUUUCAACAGGACGACCAUGGCCGUGUUGUUCCCUCCGAAUCGAAAGUUCCUGACUUUCUUGGGCUACUGAUAGUUCUAGAUAAUGCUUGCAAUUCUGAAAAGUUAGAAGUCUUCGAGAAACUUGAACUGCCACAGCUACAACUUCGAAACGUUAAAGUAACAUUACUUGAACUAAUAAGUUGUGUAGCUACAGAGAAAGGAAUCUGUUUUACGGACACAAUCAAACGUCUAAGAAGUAAGGAAAUCCUGAACUUGGAUUGCCUGGAAAGACUUAUUUGGUUAAAGCCGUCAGAUAAGCUUCUGUGGAGUCAGAGAUGCCUGGUACCAAUCAAUACAUACGAUUGCAAACUUCCACAUCUCGGACCUACUUUUUGCUCUGGGAGCUUUAGGAGAAGCUAUGGCGUUGAAGUGACAGUUGAAAUUGCUACAGUCUCAAGUGAAGAAUCUGUGUCUCUCAAGUCAUUUACGGAAAUAUGCAUAGCAAAAGAGAUUUAUAACUCCUCGAAAGCAUACAAGGCUUUUGGCCCAGACUCAAUGCUGUUCCUGUGGGGGGUAGAAACACUUGUCAUCCUUGAAGAAUUUGAGAGGGACUCUUAUCAACCCAAAGAGGUCUCUGCUCGCCAACUCAGAGAUUCAAACCUGCUCAUCAACUCCCUUGAAAGCGUCUCUGUCAAUUUGCCCAUAAAAUACAAGAGCCACCAAUCACAACUUUUCUCUGUGUUGGGCAAGAUAUACUCUGUAACCACGCUAGAUAUUGUGUCACGGCGCAAAUAUGACAAGAAUAGGUUUGAAACCGCUCUCAAAAGGGACGGUGUCGCUAGUAAUUUCACCAAUGGGCCCGUUGUGGGAAAGAGGAGUGUGAUCGUAUGUGAGGUAUUGAAACCUUCCGAGUUUGAGGGCGAGACUUAUUUGCAAAGUGGUCAGCUAUUUGGUGGCACUUUCUUGAAAAAAGAAGAUGUGAGGAUCAUGUAUAGCUUUCCCAUGCUACAUCCACUUUAUCAAUUUACACCAAAUAAUGAUCCAAGUAACUGCAGAACAACAUUUACUCACGAGCAUCGUUUGCCCCAUGGCAUGCCUCAGGAACUCACGUUAAGUUCACGUUUCAAGAGACAUGAUCGUUUCGUUACACAGAAUAACUCAAAAACUGUCGUGCCUGGUAUGUUGCUUUCAGAACUAUUUGAGCUCCAGAUCCAUCUCCCUCAUACUUAUGGGGACGCCUCUAAACUUUGUCUAAUUCCUCCAACAGAUUUACUGUUUAUCGUACAAACGAUACAUGUCGACAUUCUGGCAACAGUGUCAAGUAACAGUUUCGAACACUCAGACUAUUGGACCAGAUCCUACAGAAUGCUUAAUAAACGUUGCGAAGCCAACUUUCCAUGGUCAAGCUUUGAGAAAUGCAUCACUGAUGAAUCUCACGCCUUUGUGACUUUACCAAAAGAGUUCUUUGAUGUGGCUGUGCCGAAUUUAGGGCCCACCUUCUACUCUAGGGAUUUGUAUAGAAGCUACGAAGUCCGUAUUGGUUGUGUGAUCCAUGUUCCAGAAGCAACGUGGUGGAAAACGUUGUACGUUUGCGAGGCAAUCGAGGUGGCAGCAGACAAGCAUAACUGCUUAAGUUCGAGUAAUUCACCCCCUCAGUAUCAUAAAAAGCCAGAGCACAAGCUUAUCAGGAAACUGCCUUAA